CCCGGUCAGCUUCGCUGUUAUUUUGGUGGAGAGCGCGGCUGGUGCUGUGUUUACCAGGUUAGAACAUGCGAGCACUCGGCGUGCGUGGCUUACCUUUCUGACACGGCAGACGAUUAAGAUGUUUUGGUCGAGGAGGGGCUUGGUCCUCGCGCUGCGUCGCGCCAAGGAUCGCAAUCUACACACGACGUGCGGCCAGCGAUCGUCGGAGGUCACCGAGUACGAAUCUCCCAUCACGGACGAGUAUAAGAAGGGCCCGAUGGAGGGUAGGGCUCUUUACUUGGACGCCCAGGCCACCACUCCGCUGGACCCCCGGGUGUUGGACAAGAUGAUGCCGUAUCUGACGGUGUACCACGGCAACCCACAUUCCAGAACUCACAUGUACGGCUGGGAAACGGAAGCGGCGGUCGAGCACGCGCGCCAGCAAGUCGCGGAUCUGAUUGGGGCGGAGAAGAAGGAAGUGGUGUUCACGUCCGGAGCGACGGAGUGCAACAACAUCGCCGUGAAGGGCGUAGCGAGGUUCUACAAGUCCAGAAAAAAUCACAUUGUGACGACCCAGACAGAGCACAAGUGCGUGCUGGAUUCCUGUAGAGCCCUUGAAGCGGAAGGUUUCGACGUGACUUACAUCUCCGUCAAGUCGAACGGCCUCGUCGACCUUGACGAACUGGAAGCGGCCAUUGGACCGUCCACGGCGCUGGUCUCCGUAAUGAUGGUGAAUAACGAGAUUGGCGUGAAGCAGCCCAUCGCAGAGAUUGGCGCCAUUUGUAGGAAGAAAAAGGUUUUCUUCCACACGGAUGCUGCGCAAGCUAUAGGCAAAGUACCAAUCGACGUUGACGCCAUGAAUAUCGAUCUUAUGUCUAUCAGCGGUCACAAGCUGUACGGCCCGAAAGGUAUCGGAGCCCUUUACGUCAGAAAAAAGCCGCGGGUGCGCGUGGAGCCGUUGCAGAGCGGCGGCGGUCAAGAGAGGGGAAUGAGAAGCGGCACCGUGCCGGCACCCCUGGCCGUAGGAUUGGGCGCCGCUUGCGAGCUGGCGCAGACGGAGAUGGACUACGAUCACAGAUACAUCAAUACGCUGUCGAAUCACCUGAUCGAGAAGAUAAUGUCGAAGUUGCCGCAAGUGGUGCGAAACGGCGAUCCCGUCGCCUGGUAUCCCGGCUGCGUGAACCUGUCGUUCGCGUGCGUCGAGGGCGAAUCGCUGCUGAUGGCUCUGAAGGACGUGGCGCUGAGCAGCGGCUCGGCUUGCACCAGCGCGAGUUUGGAGCCCAGCUACGUGCUGAGAGCGAUCGGCGCCUCGGAGGAUCUGGCGCAUUCCAGCAUCAGGUUCGGCAUCGGACGAUUUACAACGUUCGAGGAGAUCGACUACACGGCAGCCAGUACGAUACGACAAGUGACGCGACUUCGGGAGAUGAGCCCACUGUGGGAGAUGGUGCAGGAUGGUAUCGACCUGAAGACUAUCAAAUGGACGCAGCACUAGUGCCUUGUGUUAUCGUGUAGUCUUUAAAAACUUAAGUAUAUUUAGCAUGUAUAUUGAUCAAGUGUAUAAUAUAAUACCGAUCGUAAAUCACAUUAGCAGGUCAAGCCUAGUCGAGUAGGAUCUAAUUUCGCAAAUGUGUAAUAAAAUUUUCAGUUGAGAGAGA